CUGAGAAUCAUUCCUCAGCAGCGACAACAACUUUCCUCCCGCCCUGCUGACACUGUGGAACUCCCGAUCGGACACUAGCCUCUCCUGGGCACGUUUCAGUUGUGUUCACGCUCUGAGGCUUUGUCGGGAAAGUUUUGGUCGGGUUGGUUUGAAGGGUCGCCAUGGAGUUUGACACGGUUCGGCUCUGAGGAACUCGGAAGACCUCGGCUCCGAGGAACUCGGAAGUCAGACGACAGGUUCACCAUCUGUGGCCACCUCCUGUUCCUACCCACGGUCGAUGAUGUCACAGUAAUGGCGGAGUUCUCGUACGCGGUUUCCGGUAGCUGCUAACGACUGUUCUGUGUGUCGUUCCCAGGUCGAUGAUGUCACAGUAAUGGCGGAUUUCUCGUACGCGGUUUCCGGUAGCUGCUAACGACUGUUCUGUGUGUCGUUCCCAGGUCGAUGAUGUCACAGUAAUGGCGGAUUUCUCGUACGCGGUUUCCGGGAGCUGCUAACGACUGUUCUGUGUGUCGUUCCCAGGUCGAUGAUGUCACAGUAAUGGCGGAUUUCUCAUACGCGGUUUCCGGGAGCGGGAAGAUCCGCGAGCUGGAGGCGGAGCUUCAGCAGGAGCUGGAGGACCUGAAGGCCGACAUCGAGGAGAACGAGCUGCUGUCAGGGCAGCCCAGCAGGAGCAUCAGUUCCGUCCCGUGGCCAAAGAGUCAUGAGCACUUCCGCAGGGAGCGGCAGCUGGCCUUCGACAAGGCUCUGCAGGUUACGGGUGCACGCCCACUCCUGGUCCAAGCAGAUGUGCUGCAGGAGGAAAUGGAAGGAUGUCUGAAGAAGGAGCACACAGCAGAGAGCCUGCCCCUGCUGCUGCACCAGUUUUACCUGGACCGAAUCCAGGAGCUGGUCCAGUGUAAGCACAUGCACAUGCUGCGUUGGAAGCGCUUCUGUCGACACACCAACGUGAUGGAGACCAUGUACCCUCACUACCACAGCAGGCUUGACCAGAUCAUGUCGGAGUACCGGGAUACCCUGGAGCGAGCCCAGCGGCUGUCGGUGGUUCGGGAGGCGCUCCUGGCAGGUAACCCCGCCCAGCCCUGCAGCCAGCUCACACCUGACGACCUGCAGAUCUACCUGCGCUGGUUCACCUGUCACCUGCACUCCUUAAGGAAGGUCUGCGCUUAUGUCAAGGUGCUGCAGUGGCUGCCAGCCAUGUACAAGUCCUCCAUCGCGCCCCCUCCACUGGAGUCUGAUGGGGACGAGGAUGGUGACAUGCUGAAGCACCAGAGAGAAGACCCCACCCCGGGGAUCCACAUCCCCACCCCGGGGAGGCGUUCCCCCCGCCCCCUGUCGGGCGUGUCGGUGACGUCAGUAGGUCGGCCCGUCCCCCCGGCGCUGCCUGCCAGCACCACCUCCAUGCCUGUGUCCUCCCUCCUGCCCGACAUGGCUGCUGCAGGAGGCGGGCUGGCGUCCAACCAGACGACCCUCGGCCUGCCGCUGCACCUCAUGGACUUUGAGGACCUCCGACCUCAGCUGGAGUUCCUGCUAUCAUGUUACAACAUCAGCAUGGACAUGAACCAGAUUGUGACAAGUGCAGAUGAGAUGGAGCUGUUCUCUCACGUCAACCGCAAGUUCAAAACCAUCUUCCACAAGCAGGAGCAGUACAAGACCUUCCCUACAUACGACAGAGUUGAGGCCGGAGCAGAUGCCUGGGGAGCGGACAAACCCUCCCACGCCCUGCAUAAGGACUGUCCUUGGAGACCGUUUGUCAGAAUCAGACCGCAGAAGGAGCCCCUUCAACAGAAGAUGCUGACAAAACUGCGGCAGGAAAAUAAUAUUGACGAGCUUCUGCGGGCCCAGUGCAAGUUCCUGGAGGUUUCAGAUGUGGAGAAAGUUCUGGAGUCUCUCCGAGAGCACGCCAUCGCAGUCCGGGACCCCCCGCCGAUUAUCGAGGUCUCCGUGACGUCUCAUCGCAGCACGCAGGCCACAAACACGCAGGCGCUCUGGCAGAAAAUCUACACCAACCCUGAACUGGACAGGAAGUCCAAUAAAGAAGACGACCUUGACCUUGUAGACAUCGAUGAUAAGAACGUGGACAGCGUUGACCUGAGCGGGAAGGCGCGUACGGGCAGCGCGCGGAAACGUCAAGAGAGCUACGACUACGGCAACACCAUGCAGAUGUUGGGUCUGGACGAGGGGGACGACACGAGCCACGAGCCCAGCGUCAUGCAGGGGGCUUACCUGUCGUUCUUAUACCUGCGACACCUGAGACUUAGGGACUUAAAGAGAACGUGUCUGAGCGUCCUGAACUACUUCUGCUCUGUGGAGAGAACCCUGACGAUUAACGAGAGAGGCUUGUCACUGGAGGCGGGGCACCUCAAGUCCAGUAACCAAAGUUCGGCAGGGAUUGGGUCUCAUCACUACGUGCACAACACACCUGCUGAUUACAGGCUGAACGAGAUGGAGUUUAUGGAGUUCUCCGACAUCGAGAAUCACGACGAUUUCUACGCAUACGAGGAGGGGCGGAUCCAUGUGCAGGACCAGCGGGGCAACUCAGGUAACUAUGGUAACCGUGUUGUCAUGGUUACGGGUUAGAUCCACGUGCAGGACCAGCGGGGGUUCUAUGUCAUGUACGACAGCGCCGUCGAGCAACUCAGGGAACUUGAACAUGACCUCCUGCUGACUGCGACCCACUUCAUCGAGAAGGACAAGGAUCACCGGGAGCUUGCGACGCGGACCGGCUCGGCGAUCCGGCGGCAGCAGGCGGUGGGCGUGGACCUGGGGGCGUACGCGCACGUGCCCGUGGACAGGUUUGCUGUGCUGCUGGACCUGUGGACUCACGAGGCCAUGUACCUGGAGAACAAACGACAGCUGCUGGACUGCUAUCUGGAGGCGUACCAUCACGUGUUUGAUACGGCAGAGAAGCAGGAGUUAGCUGUUGUCAUGACAACCGUGAUGCACCAGCGGCCGCGGGUAGACUUCACGCUGGAAUACUUCGUGAAGACGUACCGGGCGGAGUGUGUCGUGCUGAGGCUUCAGGCACAGCUGGUCAAGUCUGUCCUCGACAAACAGAUCGAGGAACAGAGGGACUAUGUCGGGAAGCUGACCGAGGGAAGAGACUUCGAGUUCGGACUUCCUCCUAAAAUCAUCCCCAAACAACCUGUGGCCAUCAACUUCAGCAAACCUGCCCUGAAGCAUGUCUACAUGCUGGAGUUCCAUCCGUCGCUAGGCGUGGCCAGCCGGAUACCACAGGCACUCAACCACGCCUUCUGGGAGCUGAUGUACAUGAACAAGGCGGCUGUGAAGACGUCAACACAGAUGAUCUCCUUGGAGCACCAGAUCCUCGAGGCUGCGCUUAAGGAGUGGGACAAGAUGGAGCCGCUAGGAGCAGCAUACUCACCCCAGCUGCAGCAAGACAUGUUCUCUGACAUUUUUGUGGACAACCCUGCGUUCCUGUGUGAGAUCGGGAACGAGCUGAUCAGCAAAGAGGAGAGUGCGGGUGGGCAGAGGCGCACGGCCAAGGAGAGACGCACCACCAUGCUCAAUGUCUGGUCCAAACUGCUGGAGGUGGUGACCGUUCGGCAUCGCCUCCUGGAGGCAGCCUGGGAGUCCAGUAUCCUGGCCACGCUGUAUAAGCAGUCAGCGUUUGAGAUGGGGUUUGACGAGUACCACACCUAUCUGCGCAUGGUGCAGUUUGAGUUCGCCUCCCGGAAAGAAAAUAUCGACACGGGUCCAAUCUUCAUCACAGCGCUCAUGGAGGAUGAGUCUAUCGUUGACAGGUUUGUUUAUUUGUUUACUUGUUUGUUUGUUUGUUUCUCCCUGAAAGAAAACAUUGACACCGGCCCCAUAUUCAUCACAGCACUCAUGGAGGAUGAGUCUAUCGUCGACAGAUACCUCCCCGGCUCGUUGCCGCUAGCGAUACAUGAGCUUGACGAGAAGCACCUGGGAAUGUUCUCCUUCAGGACUAAGGAAGCCAUUGUCAAGCUGCUGACGGGGACAGCCCUGGACAACCUGCAGGUUGUGCUGCUGUGCCAGGUUGUCCACAAGAGCGCGCUGCUGUGUGCCGUGCAGCAGGCGAACGUGUGCUGGCAGCAGAAGGACUUCAGCAAGGGCGACGUGGAGAGCAGGAGCGGCACCAAGUCCCCCACAGAGACCCUGAGCCUGCACAGCUCCCUGACGGCCACCACAGCUGUGUCGGGGGGAGGGGGGCUUGGCGUGGGCAGCUCCGCCUCAGCCUUCGCUGCCAAACUCCGCUCCAAGAUGGACAAGGAGAAACGGUCUCCCGAAGCCUUCAUCUCACUCCAGCUGGAGAAGGCGCCAUGUCGGGACCUGAUGCUGAACGAGUUCCUACAGAAGAAGACUGCCAUGUCCACCAUCCUGAAAAACCCUGAGGAGGUGGCAAAACUCAAAAGGACCUUACUGACCACAUUCUGCCAGAGGUUCCAUCAGCGUGUGCUGCAGUACUCCCUCCGCAGCCAGAUCAUCGGCUACAUCAACAGCCUGGUGGCUCUGCUGGAGGAGUUCCCUGAUAUCAAGGAGAACUACUUCCAGAUCGGUACGGCAAAUGAGCGGAAAACAGACCAGGAUGAGCUGGCGGGGCUGGUGCCGGAUGCCAGGGUGAUGAAGAAGCGCCCGCGGCGGAUCCUGACAGCAGACGGAGCAGCCCUUGUGAACCUGUGGUUCGUCCCGCAUCACUCCGAGGUGCUCGUCAUGUUCAAGUCUGCAGACGACGAGACCUGCACAAGGUGCCUGCGCCUGACGCUGAGAAUCGUGUCCAACCUGCACGACAUCUGCCACUACCUGUGCGCGCACUCCAAACUGGGCAGCAACACCUCCAUGGCAGGCUCCGAGCCCAGAGGCUUCGUCACAGCAGAGUGGGGAGGGGUGGAGGGCAUCGGUGCGGACCUGCGUGAGAUCCAGAAGCAGCUGGAGCACCUGCCGACCCCGCACGACCCCCAGCAGGCUGCAGACUUCCUGCAGCUCCGCAGGGACGUCAUGUUCCUGGAGUUCGACGCAGCGAUUCGCCACUGCAUCCGGAACACCUUCCUGACUACGGGCAACAUGCAGGCAUACAGGGCAGUAGCAGACAACAUGAGGUUUGGUCUGGGGAAGCUGAGCAGUGAGCUGGAGCCCAGUCUGUACAGCAUGUCCCUGCCCCUGCCCCAGCCUCUACAGUCUACUGAUGGACAGGCACUGGAGCUGUUCCCAUGGAGAUCCUUCCAGCACAGAUAUGGACCGUUCCCAGGCAUGUUCCCCCAGUGGCACCAGAUCGAGCACAACAUGCAGCUGUGUCUGGCAGGACUCACCGACGUCGACAGGGCUGGAGCUAAUGGGGAGAUCCUGGGUGUGUCGCUGCUGAUGGAGGACAUUCUGGUGAGCGGGUCGCCCGGCGCCAUCUCCAUGGAGUGGGUCGAGGACUCAGACGACGAGGGCGACCCUGCGGGGAGGGCGGCGCCGCAGAAGUCCCGACCCAUGAGCAGUAUCAGCGGCUACGCACACUCUGACAGGAGCGGCAAGAGCGAGGCGCAGGAGAAGAAGCCCCUGUCUCGGCGGGAGAACCCUCUGGAGGCCCACCAGCUCCUCAAGGACUUCCUGUUGCUAUGGAAACGUCUGGAGGCCUUCAAGCAGGAGUGGGGGGAGCGGAAACUGGCCGUGAGCAGCCUGGAGAACCCGCGGGACUACCGGACAUUCUGUAAAAUGUACAAAGCAGAGGUGCACUACCCGGUGCUGAGGAGUCUGGCCAGGAGACUGGGACAGGGUGACGACUAUGACGGGCUGGUGUCGGAUGACGAGCCGCUGGUGAUGCCAAAGGGAGCGUCAGAGUUCGAGACCAGAGUGCAACAGCUUUUGAAGCUGCUGGAUAACUUGGAGUGUCACAUGAUCUACGAGGUGCGGAGGAAGAUCUCGAAAGAACACGGGCUGGUUCUGAACGAGCGCGGGCGGGAGGAGACAGCGCUGCCGACAGACCUAUGGAAACGGCCGGUAAGUACCAGGGGCAUGAAGGAGAGUUUCACCAUAGCGAAGCCCCACCUGGUGGAGGACUUCUCACAAGCCCUGAUGUCAGAAUGUCAGGAAAACGGAACAUCCAUCACCUUCUCCAAGGAUCACCUCCGGACAUGUCUGUCCCAGCUGGCCUCGGCCGUCAUGGGGCGCGAGAGAACCACCUACGAGAGCUACACCAUGUUCUACGAGAACCUGCUGCGCCAGUACCACCAGCUGAUGUACCAGAAGGAACAGGUAGGGGGCACUGUUGUACAGUACCACCAGCUGAUGUACCAGAAGGAACAGAGCUACACCAUGUUCUACGAGAACCUGCUGCGCCAGUACCACCAGCUGAUGUACCAGAAGGAACAGGUAGGGGGCACUGUUGUACAGUACCACCAGCUGAUGUACCAGAAGGAACAGGUAGGGGGCACUGUUGUACAGCUGAUGUACCAGAAGGAACAGGUAGGGGGCACUGUUGUACAGCUGAUGUACCAGAAGGAACAGGUAGGGGGCACUGUUGUACAGUACCAUCAGCUGAUGUACCAGAAGGAACAGGUAGGGGGCACUGUUGUACAGUACCACCAGCUGAUGUACCAGAAGGAACAGGUAGGGGGCACUGUUGUACAGUACCACCAGCUGAUGUACCAGAAGGAACAGGUAGGGGGCGCUGUUGUACAGCUGAUGUACCAGAAGGAACAGGUAGGGGGCACUGUUGUACAGUACCACCAGCUGAUGUACCAGAAGGAACAGCUACACCAUGUUCUACGAGAACCUGCUGCGCCAGUACCACCAGCUGAUGUACCAGAAGGAACAGGUAGGGGGCACUGUUGUACAGUACCACCAGCUGAUGUACCAGAAGGAACAGGUAGGGGGCACUGUUGUACAGUAACAUUAGCUGAGAGAACCACCUACGAGAACUACACCAUGUUCUACGAGAACCUGCUGCGCCAGUACCACCAGCUGAUGUACCAGAAGGAACAGGAGCUGAAGCACUGCAGUGCUGGUGCAGGAGAGCCCCCUAGUGAUUCCCUGGUGGAGGUGCAGUGUCAGCUGGCUGACAGAUACGGGGAGCUCAUCCUGGAGAUCACAGCUCUGCGUGCCAAGGUCGCGGAGAUGCGUGAGAUGACCUUCACGCAGGAGCGAGACAUCCGCGAGCAGGUCAAGUGCGAGUACGAUGAGCUGGUGGAGGACCUGUUCGCCUCGCAGUUCGAGCUCAUGAAGAAAUUCGACGACUUCAGACUUAACCUCCAUGACAUCGUGUGUGAGAAGGUGGCAGAGACCAGGGUCGAGGCGGACGACGCCAUCUCCAAACUCAAGCAGAGAGAAUGGGGGGUGCCAGAGGACGAGAUCCGAGCGCGGAACAUGCGGCGCGCGGCGGAGCUCCGGGCGCUUCAACACGAGAACAGCCAGCUGAGCCGCGUUCUCGCCAAGAGCAAGGCCAUGGUCAUGUGGAAGGGCACAAAGGUCAAGGGCGACUUCCACAAGUCGAUCUCGGAGCUUCAGAAGGAAGUUUCCAGGAACAAGAAGGAAUGUCUGCAGAUCAGGAUGAACGCUGAGGAGGAGGUCAUCUUACUCAGGCAGCAGCAGCUGGCGCUCCGCAAGGUAAACAACAACAAACAAACAAACAAACAGUAUCAUCUUACUCAGGCAGCAGCAGCUGGCGCUCCGCAAGGUAAACAACAAACAAACAAACAAACAAACAGUAUCAUCUUACUCAGGCAGCAGCAGCUGGCACUCCGCAAGGUAAACAACAACAAACAAACAAACAAACAGUAUCAUCUUACUCAGGCAGCAGCAGCUGGCGCUCCGCAAGGUAAACAACAAACAAACAGUAUCAUUUUACUUAGGCAGCUGCAGCUGGCGCUCCACAUGGCUCUCCAGCAGUCGGAGCAGGAAUAUCUCGCCAUCAAGAAAAAGGUGGAGCAGGAGGAGAAGGAGAAGAAAGAGCGUGAGCACAUGGAGCUCCAGCGAGCCCGCAGCAAGAAACAGCUGGAGUCGGCAAAAACUUCCAACAUCGAGAAACUGCUGGAUGAGCUCGAGGAUAAAGACCAGCGGCUGCGCUAUCUAACAGAGGAGCAGGAAAAGACCAGUAAGCUGAGCCGGCUGUCCCAGGAGCGCGCGGAGAAAACCGUGCACCAGAUCCGGUCGCAGCUGGACCACGAGCGGAACCUGAAACUCGACGCCUUCCAGCGCGUGGACGAGCUGCAGGCGCAGGUGUACGACUUCGAGAGCGGCGUGGCGCCACGGCCGUACACGGCAAAUACUAACAUCUCCCGCCAGACAUCGACGCGGACGCCCCAGCCCCGGGUGCGCUCAGGGAAGAGCCGGUCCAGCGGCUUCAGCGACAUCUCCCUGUGGCCCGCGUCCUCCGGCCCGCUGUGGCCGCCCGCGGCCGGCCCCGGGCCCAUCCGCUCUCUCACCCCCGGCCCUCCAGCCAAGCCCAACGGCGUGGCCAAACUGCAGCGGCCAAAAACUGUAACCGGACGUUUGAAGAGCCGCAUUGCUGAAAGUCUGAUAGCAGAGUUGGAGAGAAGUACGGAGGACACCUUAGUUCAGCUCCAGCAACUCCAGCACCAGAAAUAACACAAAA